AGAGCCUCUGAGCCGCUAACCCAAACAACGUUCAGGGGGGUCCCUCCCAGCUCCUCUAGGGAACACUGGUGCCUUGGAAAAGCAGCUAAGAAACAUGCAGUGAGGGCUGAUAGGAAAAGCAGCAAGAGUGGCUUACAAGUAAUUUCCACCUCAGAGGCAAAAACCAGGUGAUUUUCUUUCUGUAUGGAAAUGAUUCCAUAGUUGCCGUGUCCUGGGAAAGGCAAAGUUUGCUUUGCUUCGGCGUGUCUGCCGUCAGUAAAUGGCUUCAGGAACUGAGGUGCCCAGCUCCACAGUCUCCAGACACCAGAAGAAAUUUUCAGGGAACAUUUUGGAGUCACAUUCCUCUGUCUGGGCUAUGGCACCUCUGAGCCAAAUAAGCAGCCACAUCAACUCCACCUGUGGGGCAGAGAAUUCCACGGGUGCCAGCCGGGCCCGCCCGCAUGCCUACUAUGCCCUGUCCUACUGUGCGCUCAUCCUAGCCAUCGUCUUCGGCAAUGUCCUGGUAUGUGCAGCUGUGCUGAGGGAGCGUGCCCUACAGACCACCACCAACUACCUAGUGGUGAGCCUGGCUGUUGCCGACCUGCUGGUGGCCACGUUAGUGAUGCCGUGGGUGGUGUACCUGGAGGUGACAGGUGGAGUCUGGAAUUUCAGCCGCAUUUGCUGUGAUGUUUUUGUCACCCUGGAUGUCAUGAUGUGUACAGCCAGCAUCCUGAACCUCUGUGCCAUCAGCAUAGACAGGUACACAGCGGUGGUCAUGCCAGUUCACUAUCAGCAUGGCACCGGGCAGAGCUCCUGUCGGCGUGUGGCACUCAUGAUUACAGCUGUGUGGGUGUUGGCCUUUGCUGUGUCCUGCCCUCUGCUCUUUGGUUUCAACACAACAGGGGACCCCAACAUCUGCUCCAUUUCCAACCCUGACUUUGUCAUCUACUCGUCAGUGGUGUCCUUCUACGUUCCCUUCGGGGUGACUGUCCUGGUCUACGCCAGGAUCUACAUGGUGCUGAGACAAAGGAGACGAAAACGGAUCCUCACUCGCCAGAACAGCCAGUGUAUCAGCAUCCGACCUGGAUUCCCGCAGCAGCCUUCCUGUCUGCGGCUGCAUCCCAUUCGGCAGUUUUCAAUAAGGGCCAGGUUUCUGUCAGAUGCCACAGGACAAAUGGAGCACAUAGAAGACAAACAAUAUCCCCAGAAGUGCCAGGACCCUCUCUUGUCACACCUGCAGCCCCUCGCUCCUGGGCAGACUCACGGGGAUCUGAAGCGUUACUAUAGCAUCUGCCAAGACGCGGCCCUGAGGGACCCAGGCUUCCAAGAAGGAGGAGGAGGGAUGCGUGGGGCAGAGAGGACUCGGAACUCCUUGAGCCCCACCCUGGCGCCCAAGCUCAGCUUAGAGGUUCGAAAACUCAGCAAUGGCAGGUUAUCCACAUCCCUGAAGCUGGGGCCCCUGCAGCCCAGGGGAGUGCCACUUCGAGAGAAGAAGGCCACCCAGAUGGUGGUCAUUGUGCUUGGAGCCUUCAUUGUCUGCUGGCUGCCCUUCUUCCUGACUCACGUUCUUAAUACUCACUGCCAGGCAUGCCAUGUAUCCCCAGAGCUCUAUAGAGCCACAACAUGGCUAGGCUAUGUGAACAGUGCCCUUAACCCUGUGAUCUACACCACCUUCAAUGUGGAGUUCCGCAAAGCCUUCCUCAAGAUCCUGUCCUGCUGAAGGAAGAGAAGAGGCCACGCUCCCUUUACCCACUUCAAGAUGCCAGGCAGUUUGGAUCCCUGCCCACCAGGGUCUGCUUUGGAUGCCUACACUGUGUUCUGGCAUGUGUGAUAUGGAGACUCGUGAAGCAGGACAACCCUAGUUAGGAAUAACCAACUGUUUGUUCCACGGUAGGAUGGUCUACCUCCCCAGCUUACAUCUGACUUCAUUCUGCCAGUCUUCACAUUGCUAAGUGCUAAGUAACAACUCAGAGAGAAGUUGAUAAAAAGUGUAUGGGACACACACAGAGAAUUGUCACUGGAGACACAUGCACUGGAGUGAAAGAAAAAUGAACAGGUCUCUGCAGUCUCACCCUGCCAGGGGUCCUUGAAAUCACAGCCAGGAAGCCAUCUUGUAGACAGUCAGCUCCUCUUCUUUCAGGCCUGUAAUUAACUGUCAGCACAGUUAACCAUGAGCAUCCAUGGGGCCCAAUUGCUUGUUUUCUUGCACUCUAUCCUAAAACGUGAAAGACAAGGCCAAUGUUUAUACCUUUCUGUGGAAUGGAAUCAGCUGCAUUUGGUGAGGGUCUGCUCACCCUGGAGCAGACACUGUCCCACAUUGGGACUUGGGUUUUAUUUCUACCCUUACAUGUUAGCUCUGGCUGGGGGAUGCAGGGGAGGCCCUUUGCUUUAUUACCUGACUUUCUCAAGACAAUUCUAGUGUUUUGAUUUCCAGAACCAUUCAAGACAAGACAGUUAAGUGAAGAAGGUAAGGUAGUUUCCUCUGCAGUGUCAUGGCUGGCUUGGGUUGAGAACAUGCCUUCCAGAUGCUAGCCAUCAUUUGAAGGGUUUCCUAGCCAGGAACUUUCAUCUACUUAACAGAAGCCCAAAACUUUCAGGCCUUGAUAUCCACCGAGUGCUCGGAAAGUGCUAGUCACCUCCCAGGUUCUGAAUAGAUAACAAUGUCCUCAAAGACUUACGUUUGCCCAUGUGGGUGGUAGUGGCUUGCCCGGACUUGCAAAGGGCCUCGGAACUGAAGGUAUUGGAGAAUGGCCGCUCCAAGUCAUCACAUGAUAAAUCUUCAUAAAACCCUGGUCAGAUCCUAAACAGCACCACUCUAACAACUGUGCUCAGAGCCUAACAAAAACUGGGUGUGGUGACUCAAGGAAAAAAAAAAACACCAGAAAUAAUCUGUAAAUGUCAUUCAAAAUUGCAUUUAGAAGGAGCUAGAACAUGCACAUCAUUUACCUUCUCACCUACAGAAGCUAUUUUUUUUAUUGAUUUCAGAAUCAAAGUCAAAUGUAUGGAUAAUUUAUGAAAUGCUGUCAGCCUGCACUUCAAUCAGUUUAUCUUUAAGAGCAUUGGUAUAUAGCAUGACAGCUAGUGGCUAGCUUGCUGUUCAAACUUUAAAGAGUCCAAGACCUUCACAAGGAAUCCAGGUCUCACCCACCCCAUUCUUGCUCAUCUGACCCUAAUGGGUUAGUUGUCUGAUAGUCCUGAACGCUUUGGUUCCAGCACUUACAAGUGUUAUUAUCUAUAAUGAUUAGUAUUGUAACACAGAGUGGAAACCCAAAUCCUCUCCGCCCACUGCCUCUUCCAUUUAGUGCCAUAAAAUAUAACAGGCUUGCCAGGUGGUGGUGACGCCUUUAAUCCCAGAGCUUGGAAGGCAGAGCCAGAUCUCUGUGAGUUCAAGGCCAGCCUGGUCUACAGAGCGAGAUCAAGGACAGGCACCAAAACAACACUGAGAAACCCUGUCCCAUAUAUAUAUAUAUAUGUGUGUGUGUGUGUGUGUGUGUGUGUGUGUGUGUGUGUGUGUGUGUGUAUGUAUAUUUACAAGCAAAAUUGAGUCCUGGACACUUAAAUCCACAAAAGUAAAGGUUUAUGAUUUCUAGGCUUCCCCAUUCAAAAUAAAUAAAAACAGAUGAGCCUGUGGGGUAACAUAUUAUAGAAUUCUAUGUAAAAACAAUCAGAAUCUAGAGGCAGAAAUAUAAGCAUUGGUAUCAAUGCCUUUGUGAGGAAGGAUGACAGCAGAUAAUUUUUCAUUUCAUUUCUUUUCAUUUUAUGCAUAUGAGCGUUUUGCCUGCUUGUAUGUAUGUGAACCACAUGCAUGCCUGAUGUCUGCAGAGGUCAGAGAGGUCCUUGGAUCACCUCGAACUGGAGCUGCCAUGUUGGAACCAGGAACCACACCCAGGUCUUCAGGAAGAGGGACCAGUGCUCUUAAUCCCCGAGCCAUCCCUCCAGUCUCUUUGUAUCUUUUCUUAGUAUCAAGUAGCCAACCUUUAUAACAACCUUGGUAAGAUGACUUUAUUUUAUAGAUGAAGACAGUGAGACAGAGGGAGGCUAAACACUUCCCUGCAGGCCAAACACUGUCAGUCAGUGCCAAGGGAUUGACUGUGCAUGCACCUGAUCCCCAUGCUGGCACAUGGCUUCCUUCCAAAGUGGAGAGGUGGCCAAGAUCCUAAAAUGAACUUAACCCCACCCCGCCAACCAUCUACUAUAUCUAAAUAACUUUCCUACAUUUUUAAAUUAUGCCUCAACUCCGACAGUGUUUGUCCAUGCAGCUGUCUCAAAGCUGGAUUUGGGGCUACUAAACACGAUGAAGCCUAUUUUUUUUAAAAUAGACAACAAGCAGGUAAGCACUGUGCACAUAAAUUGUCUCCCAAGUGGACAUAGAGCUUUUACCCAACUACCUAAACUUCCUGGAAUCCAGUCUAAGAUAUUGGUCUCAUUCUCCUGCCAUGUUCAGAUCUUAAGCAGUAACACAGGAUAUCCACAGUCUCUAGAGAGUGGUUGGUUCUGCAUUCUCCUUCACCUACAUAAAAGAGAACCAAGGCUUGGUACUGUGCCCCCCCACUCCCUCCACCAUGGUUAAUGAGAGACAGUUGUACUGAAUCCUAGCUUGUUGUUCAUUCCACUCUGCUACAUUCCCCCCAGGACUUGUAAAAACUUUUAGCUCCGUAUAGAUACAAUGUCAAGUUACAUCUACCAUUGAACUGCAACGCUCCUAUUGGCUCCACAGUGUCAAUUAGUCUGUACAACGUCUACUUCCCAGAUUUUUUGGGUCUGGUCCAAGAAGAACUUUCCAGGGAAAUCCCAAAUACGCCUCUAAAAUUCUCACUGCAUCCUCUUCAUCCUCAGAGUCUCCUGUCACCCCUUUCUUCCCCCCCCAGUUCCCACCAGGAGCCAGCGCCUUCAGUCACAGGGCUCAUUAUCUUCAUUGCCAAUAUAACCACAAGUCUCAGAAGACAUGUUGGACUGAAUAAAUCAGGGUAUAGUUCUUGGGGAAACCUCUUCCAGACCCCAAAGAAAUAUCAAAUUUUCCCUCACUGUUUGAGUAAACUGCAAAUAACACAGAAAUUUUAAUAUAGUCCAAUCAAUAUUCAACUCACGGCCAUAAGCAAACAUUUCCCUCUUCCUUCACUACUUGUUUUCUUAAAUCAGCCACUUAUUCAAUAAAUACAAGUUUAUCAGCUUCUUAUGUGUCAGGCACUGUGCUGGGCACCGAGAAGCACUGUCCAGGAAGAUGGGGUCCUUUCCCCACCCUCCUGAAGAAGCCCAUAGUCAAGUAAGAAGGUGAUCUAUGUACAUAACGCUUACCUGCUUGUUGUCUAUUUGAAAACUAUAGGAUUCUAGGUGUUUAGUAGCUACAAAUUCAAUUUUGAGAUGGCUUCCUGGACAAAUACUAUCAGAGUUGAGAUGAUUUUAAAAUGUAGAAAAGGUGUUUCAGGGGGACUGGAGAGAUGGCUCAAUGGUUAAGAGCACUAGCUGUUCUUCCAGAGGUCCUGAGUUCAA